AUUGCUAAGUAAUACUGAUACAAAGUUCUAACUGCAAUCUUGUUUCGUUAAAGAUUGGAGAUGAGCUUUUUAAUUCUUCUCCUGUUGGUGCACGAAGCCAGCUCUCAGAUGAUUAAAGGGGAGCAGCUUGAGUCGGUCUACACGUUCAUCAGUACUGAUAUUGAAGGAGUGCCCAGUGAUAUUGGGAGAGGAGAACUGACAUCUGAUGGUGAUCUGGAAACUGUUACUUACGUUGCGGCUGCGAGCAAUUUGCAGAGCAAACAGUGGAUAUCUUACAUAUUACCUGCUCCUUCAUCUGUACAAUCUGUAAUGGUUUACAUACCUCAUCGGAGUAUCAUCCUCAGUGAAAAGGAGGAAGAAGAGGAGGCUAACAAGGAUAUUGAGGUGACGAUAAGAACACUGAUUCCUACAACUGAAGUAGAAGAAUACGCUGUACAAACAGAAGCUUCUACUACGUACCCUGUACCACCACCAAUUGUACCACACUUCUUACCAAUCACCGACCCUCAGGGGAAUCAGAAUUUGUUAAUAAUAUUUAAAGAAGAUAUUGAGACCCUCUAUAACGUGACGUGGGAAGCCAUGGAGACAUCCUGUGAACUAGUGAGAUCCCAAGAAUACACUAUUGACGGGCAGGUGUUCAGUGACCAAACUGAGGUUGGUGAUACGGACCAUACAGCUAGUGAGGGAACCAUACUUGAGUUUGAUUGUGGGUCGGUAGAGGGUGGCUCGGUGUUCAUCAAGACAGACCAAGAUGUCUUGGAGGUUGCCGAAACUAAAAUGAUUGGAGUCUCUGGAACGAGCAGUCCUCUUGUACAUGUAGAACCGCUUGAUUCUCACGGCUUGGAAGGUAAACACACAUAUCGCGUGGCGCUUCAAAACGGAGUUGCUAAAAACAUCCUUAUACUGAAAGAGAAUGGUAAGUAUAUUGGUGAGACAAAGCCUUCAUACAACUUCAUAUUGAACACGGAUAUACCCGUUAGAGGAGGAAGCAGUAUCUUUAUGUUGCGUCGUGAUUCUGGGCUCAAGAUAAUGGACUGUCUAAACAAAGAGUCAGAAGUAAUUGGAGGAUGGUGGCCUUUCUCCGGUACAGAGGGGGUUUGUGAUGGCACUAAAUCUGAAGAUCAGUUCAACACGUGGGCGUUCCACUUCGCAUUAGACCACGUGUCAGUGUACUGUGAUGGUGUCAAGUUUCUCUCACUUAACGUCAACUUCUACUGUAAUCCCGCAGUCAGGACUAUACAGACACUCUAUUCCGUGAUAAGGACGAGUAACAGUGUGGAUUUUGUGCCAAUGCCAGGUCUUCUCGGACUGGAUGUGUAUCAUUUGGGGGAGUAUGGAGUCACUAAAUUCGAGGCAGAUCAACAGUUCAGGAGUUAUUGCAAUCAAAUUGAGAAGGACAUUAUGGAAGUAUGCACGGCGGAAUAUGACAUGUUUGGAGCAGAGGGGGUUGUCUCGCCUGAAUUCCAGUUUCUGUACGAUCAUAUCAUGAAGGAAUUCAAAACUUCCAUAGCGUAUACAGCACUGUUCAGUCAAAUUGAGAGGGACGAAAGGAUAAAGCGAGAAGAACAGUGGAUGAAGGACAGCUAUCCGGAGUACCUGGAGUCAAUGUUCGAGAAGACGCGGGGACAGAAGGAGAACUUAGAAUAUCUAGAGAUGAGAAAAGAAGAAAUACUCUCGACUGCUAGGCGUGAAGCUCGACUUAUGCAGCACGACGCGAUCACUGAGCUCUUCAAGAAGGCCUCUAUUUUUUACGCUAGCAUGUCGUCACUAUUUGAGGAUAGGCUGAACCCCUUAGUGAACGAGUUUGAUUUAUUUGAACGAGGUGAAGGAGUCCGUCCCGUACUGUUAAAGGAAAUAGAGGGCUUGAUUGCGAGUCUGCAUGAUGAAGUUAAGGAGACUUCAUCAAGUGGAGGGAGAGGAGAAGAGAGGACUACAUAUCCUGGUGGAGGAAGAGGGGAAGAGAUGACUACAGGGAUGUGGAAGACUGUGAUUACAGAGUCGUGGGACUGGGAGACUCCGGGUAUAUUGGAGAAGUUCGAAAAUAUUAACUUCGCAGAUUGGACUUGGGAAACUGUCAUACCAUAUGCACCUACUACACCACUAUACAAACCAAUCCAGGACUAUGAUGCAGUCCUACACUUCAUUAACUUUUACGAAAAUAACGACAAAAAUCAACUUCAAUACAACCUUGAAAUCGAAAUUAUAGGGCCUUUAGAAUCUUAUUAUUUUAAUUAGAGCUAAGUGUAGUUUUAGAUUUCAUCUACCCCAAGUAUCCCAAAUAUCCUACUCCUCAAUUACUACUGCACUGAGGCUUAAUUCGGCGGUUAUUCUUUUGAUAAUAAAUUGAGGGAUCUGUUUUGUUAAAUAUAAAGUAUCCCGACUCAACAUUCUGAGUAAAUCCAAUACAACGGCAAUUACUUUACGGCGUUAUUCAUCAGAUAUAGAAUUCGUGUUGUUGAUGAGUGACCUUUUCAUACGAUUGAAAUUUAGUUAUAAUUCAGUGUUAACGAUUGUAGGAUGUCUGUUACUAUGGAGCGUCUCAAUUUUACAAAAGCUUAAAUCACACAUAAUAAGUAUGUGACAUAAUAGGUGUAAAAUCCGGAUUGGAUUCAUAUUAUUUAUGAGUCGCAUAUUUGAAAUUUUUUCUUGGGUAAAUUUCUAUUGAUCCCGUUUGAUGCGAUAAACUUUUUCAUACUUUCAACAGUACUAUAUA